AUGGCUUCAGAGUCCAGCAGAUUCACCUCCACUCGCUCCUACCGCCGGUUCCGAUCUCAGAGGCGGCCACAUUCUCUCAGAACCGCUAAGACCGGAACCCUGCGCAGUUCUCCUCAGGGGUUCUUUGAGAAACUGCCAGCCGAGGUGUUUGACUUCAUUUUGGACUACCUGUCAGCUGUCGAUGCCAGUGUUUUUAGCAUGGCAUCAAAAACCAUCUCUGACUGCAUAAUGAGGCACAUGUCCACUUCCGCCUGGAGGAACCGAAGGAUCUGGCAGUGGUUUGACUGCACGUCACCCGAAGCCGAGGGCUCUGCGCUGGACCAUUUCAGACGCCUUGGGCUGCUCUUCAAGAGAUGCACUCUGUUACUACCAACCAAGGACAGGUUAAGGUUUUCAUACUCCGUGUUUUCACAGGUUCCCUGUUUAGCGAUGGAUCAGUGCGCUGCCUUUCCGUUCUGCCGAGGCUUUGUGUAUUACGGAGUGUUCCUGACCACGCUGAUAGCUGGGUGGGAUGAGCUGGAGUGUCACCGUGUCUUUGACUUUAUAUGUGAGAACACAAACCUUCAGCGGACGAUCGAGGCAGCAGUCACGUGCAGGCCAGGUGCAUGUCACAGGUUGGAGCUGGUGGUCCGUCUCUUCUGCAGAGGUGUGCUCUUAAAUCAGUGGCAAAGAAGACGGGAUUCUUUCUUCUGGCUGAUGUGCAUCCUCAGGCCCUGGCCCAUCGUCAGCCAGGCUCGCCUGCUCUUCAUCCUCUUCGGACCACUCCAGUCUGAUGGUAAGAUAGGCUGGCAGCGUGUUCGUGAUCACGUGGUGGGGCAAGGUGGCCUUUGGGACUUGGCCAAGGCCAUUAUUCUCCUCCAUGAUCAUGAAGAAACCAAAGGCUGGAGACCUGACAACGUUCUCUCCAUCAUGGAUGAGAUGAUGGUUACGCCACUUCCAUGGCAUUCGGAGAACAUGGCGCGUCUUCUCAUACUGUGUGGGAAGAAUAUCUGCUACAACAUUCUAGCAAGCAAGGCCAUCAACGGCAGGCUCUCUGAGAUCUCUCGGCUCCUCAUCUUUCUCAUUCUGGUGAGCGAGAAGGACGGCUACUGCAUGAAGUGGGCAGUGAAGAUGACCCAGCAGGUGUGUCAGGUGUUCUCUGUGGCCUCAGAGAAGUGGUCCUUCAUCCAGAGUGUGGAGAACAUGUUUUCUGAAGUCACCAUGGAGCUCUAUGAGCUCGUUAUGGCAGGAAAUCACAACGGAGACAUGGAUCCAUUACAGCACCUGUGCUGCCUCUUGAAUGCAAGUGCUCACUUCCACACGGAGAUCGUCUACAUGUCCCUCAGGAAAGACUGAAAUCACACCAAGCUUACCAAGAGGCUCAGAGGUCACACAAGGUCAUUAGAUUAUGACUGAGGUUUCCACUGCAGAACUAACAAUGUGCUGUACGUCACUGUCCAAAGAAAACCAAGCACCUCCGAUUUUUGCUGAUUUUUUAUUCUGUAUCAUUUCAACACACCAGCUGUCCUGGACCAAUAUAUGGACCAAUAUAUAGCUGUGGAUGUGGUCUGAUGGGAUGGUGGGGUGUUUGGUUCAUUUGAGCAUGAUGGCAACUUUCAGAAGCUCAUCUUAAGUGCUUCAGUUGAAGUAGCUGAGUGGAAAGUGUAGUAAGUUUUAAUGAAAGGUUAUUGUAAAAGUGUAGAGACUGGCCAAACGCAGUUUUGUUCCUUCUGUACUAGCAAGACUUUUAACAGGUUCCGUUCUUUUAAUUUACUGCACUGAAACAGGACCUACAGAAGGGGCUCGGCUGCUCUGAGAACCACUGCUUUAAAUAGCCAGUUAAAGAGUUCCUCAGCGUUCAGUCCCUCCAGCGUCAGUGUCCGCUGUGAAGCGUUAACUCGGACCAAACGCAGCCAGGUGGCCACGGCCGCGUCUCAGGUUAUAUUUAAGGAUUUGAGUUUGGAUAAUUUUACGUUGAAGGUUUUUGCAGUUCAAGUCGUUACAAGCAGCACUUUUGCUAAAGGUUUUCUGAUUAUAAAGUUGCUUGUUGGGCAGAAAAAUCCCAAAACACUGUGUAGGAAUCUGAGCU